AUGGCGGAUGCUAUCAAGUCGCCAUCCAGGCCUCAAUAUUGUCAUGAUGUAUCUUGGAAUCCCCUGAGCUACAGAUGGCCCAGCGUAAUCUUUAACCAACAUUACGGCCUGCCUCCGUUAUUGGACCCUCAAGACCUCAGCUGGAUGGAAGGCAUCUUCAGAAGGCUGGGGACAUCAUCUUGGCCCGGGUACUUGCGCACACCCGUGUUCGCUCCCUUUACUCAGGCCUCAGGACAGCCCAUGUCUAAGCUGCAGAGGGAGAUGAGUGGAGGGGUGUCGGAAGCGGUUGGUGAGAUGUGCAAGUGGAAAAUUAGCUUGGAUGUCAAUCACUUCGCUCCCUCGGAGAUCACGGUCAAAACACAGGAUGGAUUUUUGGUAAUUGCAGGAAAGCAUGAGGAAAGACUAGAUGAGCACGGCUACAUUGCUAGAUGUUUCACAAGAAAAUACACACUCCCAGGUGGUGUUGAUGCUGAAAAUCUCCAGUCGCAUCUGUCCGCAGAUGGGAUCCUUACAGUGGAGGCACCAUUACCCAGCAUUCCCCUCCCUGCUGAUGUCAAUAUCCCCAUCCAGCUGGAGGAAACCGUUGGAGGAAAACAAGAAGAUGCUGAUGAGCCUCAAGUUGAAGCAGAAGCGAAACCAGAAUCAUUUGAAGGAGAAACGCCUGAACCCUCAGUCUCAACUGAGCUUCCUGAGGGUGGACAGAUCACCGAACGAGACCAGCAGACUGUAUCUGAUGUAGAUCCAUCUAGAGAACCACAACCCCAGUCCAUCUCAGAAGCUGCACCAGGUACCACUGAGUCUGAAAGAGAGCAGGUCGGUGAACCCGGAGAGGAGGACAAAGAAGGUGCUUUUCAAGAGGCGGUUGAGGGCACCGAACGAGACAGAGAGGAAGUCCAUGAGUCUGCAGACAAGCCUCAGGCUCCAGAGACUCAAGACACCAGCACCUCCGAGCAAGGAGAGCAAGCAGAGGCCACGCAGCCUCGAGAACUGGAAGGUGAAGAAGGAUAUACAGACCCUGCUGUGACAGAAGAUGAGCAAUCAACCUUCGGGCAAACCCAGGAGGUGUUCAAGCCUCAGCAGGUGCUUCAAAAGGAAAUGGAUGUAGGCAAAAUGUAG